AUGCCAGACAUGGAUGGAUUCAAGUUGCUCCAGCUUGUGAGGCUUGAGAUGGAUCUCCCUGUUAUAAUGUUGUCUACAAAUGCCAGUACAGAGGAUGUGAUGAAGACAACAACCCAUGGAGCUUGUGAUUAUCUGGUGAAACCAGUCCACAUUAAGGAGCUGAAGAACAUCUGGCAACAUGUGAUCCGGAGAAAGAUGAAGGGUUAUUAUUCAAUGGACCUGCACACAAAUCUUGGCCAUCGUCAGGGUAUAUUUGAUGAUCAUGUUCAUGUUGGGAGUGAUGAACGAUCUGCUAGACCAUGCUCGCAAUUAUGCACCCGAAAUUCAGAGCACAAAAAGCCCCAAACAUUUUUUUGGACUGCAGAAAUGCAUCAAAAGUUUGUUGCUGCUGUUAUUAAGCUGGGCAUUGACAAUAUGUUCUUCAAUCAGGCUCUUCCCAGCAAGAUUCUAGAUUUGAUGAAUGUUGAGAAGCUUACAAUAGAAAAUGUGGCAAGCCAUCUCCAGAUAUAUGAGCCUUACCUGAAAAAACUCAGCUGCCUGGCUUUACAGAAAUAA